AUGGCCCACUCCCCACCAUUGAACAUCUACGCCAUCGGCGCCAUGUCGUCCGUGCUUAUUGUGUACGCCUGGCUCAAGUCGCCACUUAAGUACAAGUGGGCAGCUGAAAACAGAAUCAGUCCAAAGGCUGAUUUGGCAUGGAGAAACGGAGCCCAAAAAUGGCUCGACAGCAAAUCUACUUAA